CACUGGGCAUGCUCGGAGGCGGCGCAGGUUUCGGUCACAAGUAGGAAGCCUGUGCACGACACCGUCAAAGAGAAGCGGGAGCCGCCGCCGCCCCGCGGCCUUGGGGACCGCGGUCGCCGGGCGAGACUCCUGCCUCUGUCCGCCGGACCCCGGUCUGUCACCUGGGCUGGAGGACCACCUCCCGAGGAGCCGGAACGGACAGGAGCCCCCCCCCGUUUUCCCUCCCUCAGUCCGUGGCCGAGAGCACCCCCGGGGUGGAGCAGCUGCCGCCUCCUGCGGGCCGCUGAGUGUCCUGCCCGCGCCCCGCGCCCGGAGCGAGCGGCCGCUGGCGCCGCGGGCAGGGGGCGGCCAUGGGGCUGCUGUCCCAGGGCUCGCCGCUGAGCUGGGAGGAGACCCAGCGCCACGCCGACCAUGUGCGGCGGCACGGCAUCCUCCAGUUCCUGCACAUCUACCACGCCGUCAAGGACCGGCACAAGGACGUGCUCAAGUGGGGCGACGAGGUGGAAUACAUGCUGGUGUCUUUUGAUCAUGAAAAUAAAAAAGUCCAGUUGGUCUUGUCUGGAGAAGAUGUUCUUGAAACUCUACAAGAAAAGGGGGAAAGGACAAACCCAAACCAUCCUACCCUUUGGAGACCAGAGUAUGGGAGUUACAUGAUUGAAGGGACACCUGGACAGCCCUACGGAGGAACCAUGUCUGAGUUCAACACGGUCGAGGACAACAUGAGAAAACGCCGGAAGGAGGCGACUUCUGUAUUAGAGGAAAAUCAGGCUCUUUGCACAAUAACUUCAUUUCCCAGGUUAGGCUGUCCUGGGUUCACAUUGCCUGAGUACAAACCCAACCCAGUCGAAGCAGGAGCCUCCAAGUCCCUCUUCUUUCCAGAUGAAGCAAUAAACAAGCACCCCCGCUUCGGUACCCUAACGAGAAACAUCCGGCAUAGGAGAGGAGAAAAGGUUGUCAUCAAUGUGCCCAUAUUUAAGGACAAGAACACCCCAUCUCCAUUUAUGGAAACAUUUGAGGAUGAGGAGGCAGCCAAGGCUUCGAGGCCGGACCACAUUUACAUGGAUGCCAUGGGAUUUGGGAUGGGCAACUGCUGUCUUCAGGUAACAUUCCAAGCCUGCAGCAUUUCUGAGGCUAGAUACCUUUAUGAUCAGUUGGCCACCAUCUGUCCAAUUGCUAUGGCCUUGAGUGCUGCGUCUCCCUUUUACCGAGGCUAUGUGUCAGACAUUGACUGUCGCUGGGGAGUGAUUUCUGCAUCUGUAGAUGACAGAACACGGGAGGAGCGAGGCCUGGAGCCACUGAAGAACAAUAACUAUCGCAUCAGUAAAUCCCGAUACGAUUCAAUAGACAGCUACUUGUCCAAGUGCGGUGAGAAAUACAAUGACAUCGACUUGACUGUGGACAGAGGAAUCUACGAGCAGCUCCUGAGGGAAGGUAUCGAUCACCUCCUGGCCCAGCACAUCGCUCACCUCUUCAUCAGGGACCCGCUGACCCUGUUCCAAGAGAAGAUCCACCUGGACGAUGCCAACGAGGCCGACCACUUUGAGAACAUUCAGUCCACAAAUUGGCAGACAAUGAGGUUUAAACCCCCUCCUCCAAACUCGGAUAUUGGGUGGAGAGUAGAAUUCCGGCCUAUGGAGGUGCAGUUGACGGACUUUGAGAACUCCGCUUAUGUGGUUUUUGUGGUACUGCUUACCAGGGUGAUCCUUUCGUACAAACUGGAUUUUCUCAUUCCACUGUCAAAGGUUGACGAAAACAUGAAAGUAGCACAGAAAAGAGAUGCUGUCUUGCAGGGAAUGUUUUAUUUCAGGAAAGAUAUUUGCAAAGCAGGUGGCAACGCUGUUGUGGAUGGGUGUGGCAAGGCCCAGAACAGCUCAGAGCUGGCAGUGGAGGAGUACACUCUCAUGAGUAUAGACACCAUCGUCAAUGGAAAGGAAGGUGUGUUUCCUGGACUCAUCCCCAUUCUGAACUCUUACCUUGAAAACAUGGAAGUGGACGUGGACACCAGAUGUAGCAUUCUCAACUACCUGAAGCUAAUUAAGAAGAGAGCCUCAGGAGAAUUAAUGACAGUUGCCAGGUGGAUGAGAGAGUUUGUUGCAAACCAUCCUGACUACAAGCAAGACAGUGUCAUAACUGAUGAAAUGAACUAUAACCUUAUUUUGAAGUGUAACCAAAUUGCAAAUGAAUUAUGUGAAUGCCCAGAGUUACUGGGGUCAGCAUUUAGGAAAGUGAAAUAUAGUGGGAAUAAAACUGACUCUUCCAACUAGACAUUGUGCAGAGAGAAAAGUGCAUUACUCAUUCAUUGAAGAACUGACUGCAGUACUGUGACUCAGCCCAAGUGUAAGGUGUAAAGACCAAAUGGUAGACGUGCAGUGUUGUCUGAGCCAGUGGCCAGACAUUGCCUAAGGCUUCUUCAGUAGGUAAAUCUAGAGUUUAUACAGUGUACAUGUAUAUAGUAAAGUAUUUUUAUGAUUAACAAUGUAUUUUAAUAACACUGUAUCUAAAGUCAUUGUGAACUGGCUUGUACAUUUUUGAAUUCUUACUCUGGAGCCACUACUGUCUAAGCAGUUUUGUAAAUGUAAUCUACUGGUAAUUGUACCAUACCUGCAUUCCAGAGUUUAAAAUAUUUACUGUAAAUGUUCCUUUAAAGACUACCUGGGACCUGAUUCACUGAAAUUUAUCCCUUGUUGAUUUUUUUUUUUUUGAGUCAUCUCUUUGGUGUGUACAUAAAAUCACUGGAAUCCACAGAAGUGCUUCAAGGGCAAUUUUGGAUUCCUGGCACCUUAUCCAUGGUGUUUCUUUUCAGUUAGAAUAACUAACCACUGGUCACCUGGCCCCAAGCUUUCACUGCUGAAUAAAACCCAUUGCACUCUGAUGACUGUUGUACAGGACCUGUCCUUUAUUUGUUUACAUAUGCAGAUUCAUUAAGUCCAAAGACAACUCUGUAGGAGGAAAAGAGAAUUACCCAGAGUCCAGGUGUGAGAAUAUCGGGAAUGAUUUUUGGUUGUUGUUUUAACUAAGAAGCGGGAAAAAUCAUUUUUCUUCUUGUGCUUACCACAGUCUUUGCUUGUCACCUGUUCUGCUUACCUUCCCUGUAAAACUCGUAAUCAUGAAAUGCACUAAGUUUUGUGAAUCAGGACCCUAAAUGUUUAAUUGUAAAUAAUUUAACGUUCAGAUAAUCCUUAUAGCUUUGUGUUGAAGUUUUCUUUUUUCCCCAAUUAAAAGUCUUAACUGCUUUUGAAAUAACUAUAUUGUAGAUUAUGCAAACCUUUAUAGACAUAAAUAUUUAAACUGCAAUGCUAAUUUUAAAAGACUGCAGUAAAGCUGCUGCAGCUGAAACUUUCUAUUUCAUGUAUUUUGGAGGGUGAAAGAGUGGCCUUUAUCUUUGCCGUUUGCUCGUGUAAAUCAGGUUGUAAAAAGGUGGAUAAACUUAAAAUGCUUGUAGUAUGAGGAAAUAAAAGA